AUGCCGACAGCUAAGACAGAGAUAUCGGCAUUACUUCAGCGUCGAAUCGUGCUAAUCGAUACAUCGGAUAGCGACUUCAUCGGUGGCUUCAUCAGUUGCCUAAUUGGACUUUCAAUUCAAGUGUCUAGCUACUGGUAUCCUUAUUUCCGGCUCAUCCGGAGGAUGCAUCGAUACUCUGCCGUUGGCCAAAAGAUGAAUGCGUCCCAAGCUAAUCUUCUACUGCCGAAUGAAGUCUUCAAGGCGACAGCUGAACUAUCCGUAAAUGCGGUGGUAAGCCUCAUGGGAGAUUCUGAGACCAAAAUCUGUCGCCUCCGUUCCCACCCGGGAUCCACCUACCCGCUCGUCGUCAAUAUCGGGGCUUUCUUUUCUCGCAUCUAUCCAUAUCUUCAACGUAAAUUUCACAAAUUCUGCGGGUGCAUCGAGAACAAAACAAAGCUUACAUUGCAUCUCUCCUGGUGGAACCGAGCACCUGCAAACUCCACUUCUCCCGGAAUAAAUUACAAAGAUGAACCCCCGGCCGAACCCCACGGCGCAAGCCGGAUACGAUCCGGAACAGAUCCCUCUCUACCUAGAAGCCAUGGGCUGGGCUCCGAUCGGCCUCCGGGAAAGAUGACCGGGGUGAUCAGGAUCGGCCCCGGGAUGAAGAAGAAGGCAAAGAGGCUUGACCUACUCCGUAGGCAAUGCAACCUGGAGCCUCUAUGCGAGAUGGCUGAGACGUUUUGCCCCGCAAGAUCAAUGCGGUUGGGUUCCCGUUACCUGCAUCAGCAUUGGAUCAUGCAGAUGGUGGUGCCAUGGAAACUUGAUUUCUUUGUCCAUUUGCUGAUCCACCAUCGUCUCGCGUUACAUGUUGGAAAGCACCUUUAUGCCAAUGGCCAGACGAAGUUAUGCCCUGCUUCCAUCUCCCAAAUUGCACAUUCUUUGACUUUUAGAAAGCCCGUACAGAGAAAUGUAAGAUCGGAUCCGCCAUCGUCACAAGAGGAUCGGGGGUGGUCGAUUAUCUUGAGACCGUGCAUCAUGCAACCCCCGAACCAGGCAAUCUCUUGUAUCGAGCUUCCAUUCGACGUGAGCGGUGUGCAUAGUGCAAAGAUGAUGGCGGCCUGCCUUGUGCCCUGA